UCUAGUGGUGAACACCAGGAAGUGCGCUCUUUAGUUCCGCUCUGUGCUACACCGUAAUCAGUCCGCCGGGAAGCCGGAGCAAGGAGAGCAGCAGCAGCAGCUCCAGUUGUCCCCGCAGCUGAAGAAAGGUUCCAUCUCACAACAUCUCUACCAAGAGCUUCAGCUGAACAAUCAGAAGACCUGAAGACCAGAGAGGUUCUGCAGUUUAUCAGGCAGUAGCAGAAUGAUGGAGAACCACGAGAUGAAGAUUGAGGUGAAGGAGGAGAACCACGAGAUGACAAUUGUAGUGAAGGAGGAGCAGAAUGACGAAGUCAAAGUUGAGGAACACCAGGACCAACAACCUGACCAGCUCACUCUGAACACCACAAACCAGACCAACUCAGCCGCCUCGUCUGGUCCCAGUGGCCUACAGGAACAUGAAGAUUAUCACACUGGUGGAGCCCUCACCGCACAGUUUAAAGGAACGACGCAUGGUCAGUCUUUGGAAAAGAAAUACAGCUGUGUCCAGUGUGGAGCCUCUUUUAACACUAAAGGAAAUUUCAUGGCGCAUCAACGACUCCACAUUGGAGAGAGACCAUACAUCUGUGACCAGUGCAGAACAGCUUUUAAAACUAAGAAUAAUUUAAUGGUGCAUCAACAGAUCCACAAUGAAGAGAGACCCUACACCUGUGACCAAUGUGUACUAGCAUUUAAAACUAAAUCCACUUUGCUGAAACAUAAACGGAUCCACACUCAGGAGAGACCAUACUGCUGUGACCAGUGUGGUGCAAGUUUCAAGACUAAAUAUGAUUUAACGGUACAUCAACGGAAUCAUAGUGAAGACAGACCAUACAGCUGUGACAAAUGUGAAGCAGCUUUUAAAACUAAACCUGGUUUAUUUAAACAUCGACGGAUCCACACUCAGGAGAGACCAUAUUGCUGUGACCAGUGUUCUGCAACUUUCAAAACAAAUUACGACUUAAGGGUACAUCAACGGAAUCACACCGAUGAGAGACCAUACAGCUGUGACCAGUGUGGUGCCGCUUUUAAAACUAAAUCUAGUUUACCGAAACAUCAAAGGAUCCACACUGGGGAGAGACCAUACAGCUGUGACCAGUGUGAUGCAACUUUUAGAACCAGAACUGAUUGCAAGAUGCAUCAAAGGAUCCACACUGGUGAAAGACCUUACAGUUGUGACCAGUGUUCUGCAACCUUUCAAAGAAAAUAUACCUUAAAGCUGCAUCGAAGGAUCCACACUGGAGAGAGACCAUACACAUGUGACCAGUGUGAAGCAACCUUUAAAAUCCAAGCUGAUUUAAAGAAACAUCACCGCAUACAUACCGGAGAGAGACCAUACAGCUGUGGCAAGUGUGCUGCAACGUUUAAAACAAUAUCAGGUGCAAGGGAACACAGACAGAUCCACGUGGGAGGAAGACCAUAAAAUUGUGUCCAGCGUGCUGCAACUUUCAAAAUCAAAUGUCAUUUAAAGAAACAAAUGAAGUCAGGUUUAAUGUUACAUUAACAAAGUCAGUAUAGGUUAGUAUCUAAAAACUUUUUAUCAAAACUACAAGUUUUUUAAAAAAAGAAGGCGUGCUCUUUGACCUCGCUGAAGGGGCAGAGCUUCCUGGGUCUGCGUUGUGAUUGGUUGGGAUGUAAUGAUGUAAUAUUAAUCUGCAUAUGGAAGGAAAAUAGUUAUUCUAUUGAACUUUUAUUGACCCUUCUUUCUAUCAUUGAUGCACAUUGUUACUGAAUUAUCGUCCCAGCAGCAUCUUUAGUCACCUGGGACUGAAAUCUGCCUCCAGCCUUAAUUUAUUAAGAAAAGUUCCUCAUCCAGACAUUCUCAGCUCCUUCUACAACAACCUGAACCUGUUCAUCAGUUUGACCUGCUGACCAGAACCAGAACCAGAACCAGAACCGGCUCUGCUGGUUCCUGUUUGUUUGACUCUUGGGCCAUAGACAGGUGGCGCCCCCUGCUGGCCAAUCACAGGAGCCCCCCUGAACACCUUCACCUGUCCUCUGCUCCACACCUGCCGAAACGAAGCAGAGGAGCAACAGGAGGCCCGAUAGGAAGGCUACCAGUGAAACUAGAUCACUUAAAUCUAGUUUCACUUUCAUUCUGCUCAGAUUUUUAUUUUUUCUCGGACUUCUAACAGAGUAAUAAAGCAGCUCUGUUGUUUUAUUACACUGUUUUCUCCACACUCCACUCCUUGCGUAAUAUACCGAAUUACUGUCUACAUUUAAAAUCCCUGUAACACCUACAGAGUAUGCAGUUGUCAGCUGUAUCAGUGCUUUACCAAACAGUGUCUUCAAAGGAACAAAACCUGAUAUAAUACCAGUGCCAUAAAGAAGCAGGAGCCACAAAAAAAAUGUUCCAGUAAAAUGAUCAGGUUUAUAGAGGAUUGCUAUACCUUAUAGCAGGUCCUGUUGGUCCUCUAUAAGUGGAGAAGUUAACUGGAACCACAUCUGGUUACAUGGAGAGAGUUCUAGCGUAACAAAUAAUGUUAAAUAGGUUACCUUGUACACAAUAAAUACCCAGCAAAAAAAAAAAAAAAAAAAAACACUGGAAAGAUUUAAGGUUGAUAUUGACUAUUUUUGCACAUCUCGUGAAAUAAAUACAGAACAAGUUU